AUGUCCAGCGAAGAGGAUAAACCUCCAGCACCGCCCGUCCGAUUGACAAGCAAUCGGGGCGGUGGCGGUGGUGGUGUUGGCGGUGGCGGAGGCGGCGGCUCAGGAGUGGUCGAUCGGAUCGAUGGUGUUGCUCCGGUUGAUAUGAAACCGUUGCCUAAAGAACCGGAAGAUGCCGAUCGGAAAAAGAAAACGCUCAAGAACAAAAUCAAGGUUUCGAAGGCGUCUCAUAACGAUUCCAAGCCGAAUAUUUCCUAUCCGACCAACUUCGAGCAUACGGUGCAUGUAGGGUUCGAUGCUGUAACUGGAGAAUUUACGCUGCCUUUGAAAGGUAUGCCAGAGCAAUGGGCGCUGAUGUUGAAGAACUCGAACAUUAGCAAGCAGGAGCAGAAGAAAAACCCUCAAGCCGUGCUGGACGUGCUGAACUUCUUCGACAACAGCAACAAACAACGGCCAAGCUCGAAAUAUAUGACCCAUGGACUGCACACUACAACACAUUCGGCAUCGUCCAUAGGGUCGUCGCUGAGCCGGGUAAGCAGCAGCAGUCCCAGCAGCACACCAACCGACUCGGAAUCGCACGGUGGCCCCGGGGCGCAAAUCAUCUCGAGCAGCCAUUCGCAGGCCUACAGCCUUGGUCUGUCGUCCCACAAUUCGGCCGGCGAUCAUGACAGCGACGAACUGGGCAUACUCAGCGGCAGCGCCAGCGGAAGCAUCAGCGGCAACGGGAUACCACCGCCCAUCGCUAGCCGCCCCGAACGGACCAAAUCAAUCUAUACACGCCCGAUCGAUGAUCCGAUCUCACCGCCCAUACCUCCGCAUUUGAGUGCCGGUGCGACCCACCAAUCGCUGGCGAGUCCCGGCUCCGUGCGCAGUCCAACACAGUUUGACAAGAACAAGAACUCGGUCAACGCAGCGUCCGCACAAACGAUCGGCAGCCUAGCGGGAACCGUCCCGAGCCAACAGCUGCCUCAGCAUUUGCACCACCAUCAUCAACACCAAGGGGCUGUCCCUUCGGGGACCGUUACCGGCGCAAUACAACCCACACUCAAUCAUACGUCGUCCUCCAACCUUACAGCUGGCAACAAUGGUCUCAGCAGCGACGGCACCUCGGUGGUGGCAGCAGCAGCAGCGGCAGCAGCAGCGACCGGUGCCGUACCCGCACCGAACAACGUUAACAACGGUACCAACCUCAACAACAGCACGACCACCACGACACCGGGCGCAACGACGCAGCAGCGGGCAGCUAACUUGAAGAAGAAGAAAAUGUCCGACGAAGAGAUCCUGGAGAAGUUGCGCACGAUCGUGAGCGUGGGCGAUCCGAAGCGAAAGUACAACAAGAUGGAAAAGAUCGGCCAGGGUGCUUCCGGUACGGUUUACACGGCGAUCGAAAGCUCCACCGGCAUGGAGGUUGCGAUCAAGCAGAUGAACCUCAGCCAGCAGCCGAAGAAGGAACUGAUCAUCAACGAGAUACUGGUGAUGCGGGAGAACAAACAUCCGAACGUGGUGAACUACCUGGACAGCUACCUCGUGUCGGAGGAGCUUUGGGUAGUGAUGGAAUAUCUGCCCGGUGGUUCGCUGACGGAUGUCGUGACGGAGACGUGCAUGGACGAGGGCCAGAUAGCGGCGGUCUGUCGCGAGGUGCUGCAGGCGCUCGAAUUUCUCCACAGCAAUCAGGUCAUCCAUCGGGACAUCAAGAGCGACAACAUACUGCUCGGUUUGGACGGCAGCGUCAAGCUGACCGAUUUCGGGUUUUGCGCCCAGAUCUCGCCGGAACAAUCGAAGCGUACGACCAUGGUCGGGACUCCGUACUGGAUGGCACCGGAGGUGGUCACACGAAAGCAAUAUGGACCGAAGGUUGAUCUCUGGUCGCUGGGCAUUAUGGCGAUUGAAAUGAUUGAGGGUGAACCACCGUACCUUAACGAGAAUCCCCUGAGGGCGCUCUACCUGAUCGCUACGCACGGCAAGCCGGAGAUUAAGGAGAAGGAGAAGCUUAGCACCGUCUUUCAGGAUUUCCUUGAUCAGUGUCUGGAGGUGGACGUUGAUCAGCGUGCCACCGCUUACGAACUGCUAAGGCAUCCCUUCCUGAAGCUGGCCCGACCACUCGCUAGUUUAACGCCGCUCAUCAUGGCCGCAAAGGAAGCAACGAAAGGCCACUGA